CGCCUGUCUCGCUUCCGCGUGGCGUUUUCGGCGUGGGUCUGCAGUGACUGGGGCGGCUCGGGACACAAAAUGGGGUUUGGGGAUUAUCCAGUCGAAUUUAACCCCAAAGUCCACGGGCCGUACGAUCCGGCACGGUGGUAUGGAAAACCCGACACGCCACUGAGCCAGGUGAAGUUGGGAGAGCUCGGAGGCUGGCUGGGCCGCCGUCAGAAGUCGCCCCAGGCCAUGACCGCCGCCAUCAGCCGAGGCUACUGGCGCUGGCUGCACAAGUACGUGCACCCGAAGCGGUCGGGCCUGGCGCCGUUCCUGCAGGUGAUCGUCGCCACGUCGUCGCUCUUCUACGUGCUGAACUACACCAAGAUCAAGGCUCACCGUCUCCACAAGUACCACUGGUAGCCUGCCGGACGCCGCCCGGUUGGAGUGUAGUGUCGGUCUGUUGAGUGCGUGCCCGACCGGUUCGGGCCGGGAGAAUAUACGGUGCAGCGCGGG